UGGCUGUAGUAACUAGUGACGACCAGUAACAUCGGUUCCUACUUUUUUUUUUCUCCAUGACGGGCCUUCGCGGAUCUGCCCACGUAUCUAUACCCCGUGAUCGCCAAAACAACAUAACAAAGUGGGGGAAAGAUGGCGAGCGGAGAGGAGGCUAGACGCCCCUCUGUUUCUUCCUCUUCGGUCCUCGAGGACAUGUUCCCUGCCGGAGGAUCAGAGCAAGUAUGCGGGGAUGGGAACCCUGAGCUCGUGCAACUGCGAGAGCGUCUCCAAGGCUGGCUAUCGCAAUAUGAGCCCUUGUUGUUAUGGUUGCAGAGGUUGCUUGUUUGGGAGAGGCCGCUCUACAGCAUCUUUGUUGCGCUCACGCUCAAUACCUUGUUCUGGUAAUGCUAAAUAAUUAUUAAGAAUCACUCAUGUAAUCAGUUAUUUUGCACUGAAUGGGAAGAUGCACUGUAGCUAAUGUCGUUUUAGCUUGCUAGUAGUAGCUAGCUAGCUAGCUACUUAGCUAGAUUGAAUGACAGCGAUAAUCCCUCGGACGACAGUGACACUAGCUAGGUGGCUAAUUAGCUAUUUAACGCUGGUAGUUUGGUAUGCCAAAGUUGACCCUAGUAUCAAUCAUGCUAAUAACGUUUCGUUAAACACCCUAGAGGUUGCUAGCUUUCAAAUACCUAGUUGACAGCUGUCAACUCUAGCUACCUCUAACAAACCGUUUUGGAGUGUUCAGAUAAAAAUGUGUAGAUAUAGAACAAACAUGUCUCUCCGACAUGUAGACCAAGCAAUCAUGAUGGCUGUAUUCAUGGCAUUUCUAUCUGCAACGUUCGACAACUGAACGUGGUCAAGUUGACAGGCGUUCUGUUGCAUGUGUUGUCGUGAUUCAGGGCAGGGAGCUAAUUGACAGUCUAUUCACUCUUGUGGUUAGCUAGUUACCUAAAGUUAGUAAAUAGCUAGGAGCUUGACUAACAUUGGUUGCAUUUUAAAAUGGCAUGGGUUGUUUUCAUUUGUGUUUUACAGGCUUCUGUCUUCGACGUCCCUCCGUCCUCUCUUCCUCCUGAGUCUUUCCAUUCUAGGGCUCAUGCUGCUGGAGAGAUGGAAGGAUAAGUUACCUCUUACAACUGGUAAGUAAGUUCAUAGUAGGUACAUGCAUUACUCUUGCCACACCCACUCCUGGCCCUGGGGUCAGUCUGAAACAUGAAUGGCUGGUAUAUUUCACGAUUUGAUAAGAUAGUUGAGUGUUGUGGAUUUCAAUUUGGAUUUGAUUUUACAUGUCAUUGUUCAGAUUACUUUGAUUACCAUGCCUACUCUAUGAAAUCUAAAAUGUCUUGUUGAUGUUGUUGGACUCCUGUUUAUUCUCUCCACUACAGUUCAGUAUCCUGAGGCCAACCCAAUGGAAAGGUACACAUCUUGACUCAAUUAAAGGUCCAAUGCAGCCAUUUUUAUCUAAUUAUCAAAUCAUUUCUGGGUAACAAUUAAGUACCUUGAUUGUUUUCAAUUAAAAUUGUCAGAAAGAAACAAAAAUAGCUUCUUAGCAAAGGGCAGUUUCUCAAGCAAGACUUUUGCUAGGACUGUCUGUGAGUGGUCUGAGUAGGGAGGGGAAAAUUGAACAUUAGCUGUUAUUGGCCGAGAGGUUUGGAAUGCUCUUUCUUAUUGGGCUAUUAACUAAUUUACUGCAUGGUGAUGUCACCAUGGAAGGCCAAAACUCCAUCCCACCAAAACAGGCUGAAAUUGCAGGCUGUCUUUUCAAACAGCUCUUACACUAAAAGGGCAUUAUCAUCAUUUUCACAAUUUCACAGUAUUAUUCCAACCUCAUAGUGUGGAAAUGUAUAUAAAACACAGGACAAUCGUGUUUUUGACUGCACUGGGCCUUUAAACACAUCCAAACCCACCCUGCUCCUAUAACCCCUUCAAGCACUUUACUGUUAUAGUGACUAUCAUGUGAUUAUUCAGGCAUUUUUUUCCUACUUGUUUGAUGGUCUGUGCCUGUCAAUAGCACCAGGGCACAUAUUUAUAAAGAGUAGUAGGAGAGCUGAUCUAGGAUAAGGUCUGCCCUGUCCAUAAUAAUCUGAUUCUUUAUUACCUAAAAGGCUAAACUGAAUCCUAGAUCAACACUCGUACUCUGAGACGCUUGAAGCCUUUUAGGUCUGGCUUAGUACUGAUUGUGUUCAUUUGUUCAUCCCACGGUCUCUUUCUCUGACUGCAGAGAGACCAUGAAUGUGCAACCCCGGCUCCUCAGCAUUCCAGAGCUCAGCCACCACCUGGCGGAGAGCUACCUCUACUGCUGCCUCUACAUCCAGGAGAUGCUGCAGUACAAAAGGCAGAACCACAGAAAGGUAUGUUGGGUUUGAUGGUGGCUCUGCGGGUUAGAGCACAUUGCCUCCAACAUCAGGGAUGUUGGUUUGAUUUCCACGUGGGCCACAUAUACUGAUCAUGUCAUUUGUUAUCUUUAGGUCGACGUGUAUUAAAGCAACUGCUAAAUUACCAUAUUGUUAUAUUAUAAAGUGCCUCAAAGUCAUGGUUUAUCAAAAAAUGUAAUCGCUUGAGUUGCAUAGAUUUUUAGUAUAUCUGAAGCAGAGGAGGCUGGCGGGAGGAGCUGUAGAAGGACUAGCUCAUUGUAAUGGCUAGAAUGGAAUUCAUGGAACGGACUCAAACAUGUGGUUUCCAUAUUUUUGAUACCGUUGCAUUAAUCCCAUUCCAGCCAUUACAAUGAGCCCGUCCUCCUAAAGCUCCUCUCACCAACCUCCUCUGAUCUGAAGAGGUAUUUGCUGAUGCUGAAGUAGUUGUCCCUCCCCUACACUAGUUUCAGCCAACUUGCAGGUUUAAUGACACUGCGUCUCUUUUCUCCCUCCAGUUCUGUGCCAUGAUGUGCUCUGGCUGUUCUGUGCUAGCCGUGGUGGGACACUACGUACCAGGAAUCAUGAUAUCCUAUAUCAUCGGUGAGCUGCCUUGCUUUUUCAAUCCCUUUUUCCUUGAUUUUCACAAAGGCAACCAACCAACCAGUAUGCCAAAGGGUGUGGUUGUCUGUAAGAAAUGCAGUGCUACUGCAUAACAAUUGUCAACCAAAGUUAUUGCCAAUAACUUCUAAAUGCAACCUUCAUACCACCAUUCAUAGUGUUGCCAUUCCCCAACCUAGAAAUGUAUUGUGAUUUGGCAAUGUGUGACACUCAGUAUUCCAGGGUCGUAGUCAAUAGGGCACACAGUAGCCAAACAUUUUGCAAUGGGAACCGCUUACGCCAAGUUGUAGCAUUUAGAGUAAAUGGUUUCUGUUGCAAAAUGUUUUGCUACAGUGUUCACUAAUUAAUAUGACCCUGAGGUAUAUCCCUCCUCAAUGGCAUAUAUGUGUUGUUUGUUUCUAUGACUGCUUUCUCUGGUUAAACUAAAGAUUGUGUGUGUUCCAAAUGGCACCCCAUUCCCUAUAUAGUGCACUAUUUUUUUAAACAGAACUCUAUGGGCCCUGGUCAAAAGUAGUGCACUAUGUAGGCAAGAGGGUGCCAUUUGGGACGCAGAGCUUGUCGUGGUGCGUCAAAAGCCAUUUAAGUGCCAUGUUGGGGUUGUUUUUUUGUCCUGUGCCCAGCGCUGAGUGUGUUGGUGUGGCCACUGGUGGUGUACCAUGAGCUGAUCCAGCGGAUGUACACAGGCCUGGAGCCCAUCCUGAUGAAACUGGACUACAGCAUGAAGGGAGACACGCAGCACCGCAAGCACGAUAAGAGGAGUGAGUUUACACUGUGUGUGUGUGCGCAUUGUCUGUUAGUGUGGGUUUGAUGGUGUGUAGGUGUGUGUGUUUGAUGGUGUGUGUGUGUGCCUUGCCAUCAUUCACGUCACGUCACCAGGUCCACUCUCUCUAGCUGUGAACACUGAACGUCAGGGUUGCCUGGGAAAUCGUUCUCCUCCCGGUUUGUGGUACUGGGUUUGUGGUACUGGUGUGGCAGCUGGAGCUAAUUUAUUUUCAGACAUUUAAAUGAAUGGCUUGUUGUGUGCCUCUUGUUAAACUCGGGGUGUCCGCGGAUCCUAAAAGGCCUUAAUAAGUCUUAAAAUGUCUUAAAUUGCGCUUUCAAAGGUCUUAAAAAAUGCAACAGAGAUGACUACAGUGUUUCCGUUAUAUUGUGCAGCUGCUUAAUUGUUGCCACCGCGGAAAAACAAACAAAAUUGAACGUCAAAUAAUACUCUAGGCGCACUUUCAAGAUCUAUUCACAUGUAUUUCGUAUUUAUUAUGGGUCGGAGGGACAACGGUCCCUCCCACUCCCCUCUUUGCACAUGGAGUGAAGGGAGUUAUGCAUUCUGAUAAGCGCAAGCAUACUGACAGUUGAGCAACAUUUUGAAAUAUAAUUACGGGAAAGACAGUUUUUCAAACAACUACUGUUACUCUUGUUGAAAAAUAAGUCUCUCAGUUGUAUUUGAGUAACAACUAUUUCUCAACUGUCAAUAUUGAGGAAAAAACAUCCCUUUACAAACGCAGUAUGUAAUUGAGAUGAUUCGCCAACGGAGUGGAGCGCACCAUUUGCGGUCAAUACAUCAAGUAGCCUAUAUAGGCUACCAAUGGAAGGUUUUUGUAGGACAUUACAUUUACUGUUAGAUCAAUUGCAUGGCUAAAUAAACAAUAUCAUAUUUAGAUUUAGCAAUCUAGCUAAUGUGUUUUGAGUUCCCUCUUCCUUCGUUGGUAAAUUCUGUAGCAUAGGCUAUAGCCUUGGCCAAUAUGCACACAAAAUAUACAGGCAAAUUAAUCUCUAAAGAGCCAAAAAUAUAUCUAAUUAUUCUGGAUCCUAUUUUGACAUGUUGCACAUCAAAAUAUCCAUCAUGCACUCCCUGAAAAUGUUAGAUGAAAUGGCAAACUUAUUUACUUGGCACUGGAAAAAGUCAGUCUAGAGCUCUCUCACUUAGCUACCUUGCUUCGAAGUAUAGCUAUUUGAUACCUGAUUCACUGAAUGAGGGAAUUAUUUUAUUAGACUUUUUGGUUGUAGGCUAAUGUUCUAAUGUUAUAGCAUACCUCCAGAAGAGCUACUGUGUGUGUGUAGACUUUUGUUCCAGCCCCACUCCUUUGGUGAAAUACUUUUUGCUAACAUGGGCUCAUUUCUUGAGAAGAAUAUUAGCAGGUGUGGUGCACGCAGACCUCAAAAUGUGUAUUAAAUUGUACGCCAAGUGGCAUUAAAAUUCAACUUCUUGGAUCCUGCAGUUACCUAAACUGUGUGCGUGUGUUGCAGAGGUGAAGAAGGAGGUGGAGGAAGGGGAUGAGCCCAGGGCUGAGACGGAGAGCGAGAGCGAGGAGGAGCUGUCCUGCUUUGCCCCGCUGGUAAUACCACAUCGUCUGCCAUCUUUCACCAGGGCACUAGGAUUGUGUGUGUGUGGACAUAUGUACCUAUACAUGUGGGGACCAGAUUUUUGGGGGGACCAACUGGGGACAUUUUGUCGGCCCCCACAAGGGAAAAAGGCUAUUUCUAGGGGGUUAAAGUUAGAAUUAGGUUUAGGUGCAAUGUUCCCUCUAAUUUUUUGGGGGUCACUGAGCAAAUGUAAGAUCUGCUGAGCGCAAACUUGAACGUUGUGAAAAUUCUGUGCAACUUCCAGUGCCUUACUGUGAACAGUGAGGCUGUACCCGCUUUAAGUUAGUUUUAACAGUGGUCAAGUAGGCUACUGUGGCUAUUUGAUCAUAAUGUAGUCCUACUCGAGUGGCCUACCAUCAAAAACAAUGGAGAAAAUGCAUCCCAAAACAUUUUAACAUGGAAAUAGAUGUUCUAUCGUUCAGCCUACAGUAGCAGCCAAUGUGUGGUGUUCAAUGUAGGCCUACAUUCCAUGAGAUUUAUGGAAAAAAAACAUGCAGGGCUUGACAUUAACCUUUAUCCACUCAGACAAGGAAGUGACUGAAAAAUGUUGUUUGAUGCAAUAAACCACUUUACAAGAUAUGCAUUAUUAUUCCCAUACCAUUAUUACAGAGGAUCAGACAAAUUAUGCUACCCUCUGCCUAUUGGCUUCUUAGCUUAUUCAAGCCUGCCUCAAAAUACAACACUGCCCCUUUAAGACAAAAUAAAGCUCUUUACCUGACUUGCUUUUCAAAGAUGUCUAGAAAUGUGCAUGUUUUGUGCUCUUUUAGGAAGCAAUCACUCUCCUAUUGCUGACUACAAAUGAUCUAUAACUGGGCUAAUAACUCACUAACUAGAAAAGGAUAUGAACAAAAUGUGCACACGUGGCUACAUGCAGCUCUCGCUUUGAUCUCACGACCGCUUAUGCUGUAAAUACAGUUCAGUUCAAAGUAAAUAGCACAAAUCCAUAUAUGGCAAUGGUCUAUUUGCAUAUAGGCUUACUGCAGCUCUGAUUGGUUAUGCUGCACCGGUCUGUGUAGAGUACGGACUGAGUCGAGCGUGUCAAUGCAAUAGAAUCCUACUUUGAUGAGUUCUGCACAGCAGUCCUGGGGGAGCUGCGCAGGAUUUUCUGGGCUACUGCGCCCCGUGCACAGCUUAGAAGGAACAUUGGUUAGGGAAAAUAGGAUUUUGAAUAGGAUCAAUUGUGUCCCCCCACAAGGUUAGUUAAACAAGACUGUGUGGUCAGUGGUCAUUAGGCCAUUGGGGUAGCAGUGGUAUGCUAGAGUGGGAGAUGAGAAGUGAUGGGAUUAACCGCAGUCCUCGUGACCCUGGAGGGUUGUGCACUAAUGUAGUGUCGUACAAGAGAGAUGGCUGGGGGAAAGAUCCAGCGACCAUAUUCCUUGGGCUAGUCAAUUAAUAAAUUUGCUGAUUUCAAUUGUUUGUCUGAUUCAGAAUUACACUAGUGUUGCAUCCCAAUAAUCUUUCCUUUCUCCCGAAGUGUGCACAUGUUCACUUCCCCUUAUGGGUUUGAAAGGAAAUUAAUGGUAAUGGAAACUCCCUCUAGCCCAUGCCUAUAAAUCCAAUGCUUAUGUCUGGAAUAGAACAAGCGCACACUUCAGGAGGAAUGAGAGAUUAUUCUGACUCAACCAAGAUAUUCCCCUCAAUGAAAGGCUAAAUAUUUUGUUUUAGUUUUUUACAGAAUGUGGUUCAAUUAAUAUUUGAAUGUUGACAUUUCCUCACAAUUGAGAGGAUAAGACAAUAUUAUGGCUUGACUUUGUAAUAACCUUAAUUGGGCUCUAGUAUAGGUUCUGUUGAGAGCCUUUCACUAAAGAACAAUGAUAAUGUAAUUGAAUUGUGCUAUGUCAUUGGUCAGGUGGAUGCAAAGACCACAGCCCUGGCAAUGGCCAUCACCGACUCGGAGCUGUCUGACGAGGAAGCAUCCAUUUUGGAGAGUGGAGGGUUCUCCGUAUCCAGAGCUACCACCCCACAGCUCACAGACGUCUCUGAAGGUAGUUACCCAAGCACAACAGGCCCUGCCUCCCAAGUAUCUGUCCUGCGCCACUUGUUCACGUCCAUUGAUGGAUUUAAAAGAAAAGGAAUGGGGUGUAUUCAUUAGUGCAAACCAUAGCAAAAUGUUUUGCACCAUUAAGAAAAGGCGCACCGGUAGCCUACACACGUUAGCUUGUUGUUAUUGUCGGUCAAUCAAAGCGGCACCACCGUUAGAGGCUCCAUGUGUAGCAAGUGAAGUAGGAGAUUUCUAAUUAAUGCUAAAUGGAAUUAGGCUAUAAUGAUCAACAACGGGUAGGCUGUUUCAUAUGAAUGGAGUUGUUGUAGACAAGGAUGCAUCAAUUAGCCUUGCUACUUUAGUUAGCUAGCUGGCUAACUUAGCUGGCUACUGUAGCUAGCUAGCUUUUUUACAAAGAUUUGAUGCAUUCAAGACUGGCACUAGCAGAUGGUAUGAUAGAUAACCUAUGGUAGCAACAAGUUUGUCUAACUAGCGCGAGUUGGUUUGGCAACUUUCUCUCUCUCUCCCUCCGUGUCACACAUACCGGCCCCUGCUCCCCUCUCCCCCACCCUUCCAAGCAGAGCACAGCACACAAGCUCUCUCUCGAGUUACACGAGCAAGUCUCCAUUGAAGUUGAAAAAACAAUCUUUCAAACAUUGUAUUUUGACUAUCCGAAAGAAAUAUAUUAUUCUAAUAGUGAAAUAAUUUCAAAUGCCCAUCCCUAGCAUAUAACCCAAUGUGAGACAUACCUCUUACAUCAAUCUGAUGCUUUUACAUGUGUGCGGAGGAGAAAGGACAGAAUUGGACUGCAGGGAUUUCUAUAAUUGAGCAGCAUGUGUUCCACAGUCCAAAUCAUGUGAAUCAAAUAUUGGCACUAGCAAAUUUUGAUUUGUCAUUAUUUUGAUGUGCUGUUGACUCCUUCCUCAUUCACUAUAUAUUAGAAUUACAUUUUCUCUGCAUAUUAAACUGAGACUCAGCGACAUGGCGUUGCCACAAGCAGCAGGAUGAACUGCAGAUAUUGUAGAUCUUCACUCGCAAAAAAGAUCUGGCCAUGUGCAGGUGAGCUUCACGCUGCUGCAAUGUGACAGCUGCUGGACCAAAACGGCAGAGAAGUUCAGCCUUGCGAUUCACACUUUUAGAAGGCAACCCAAUAUUGCGAUUUACUUCAUGCAUCGCUGACUACCUUUAACCCCAUCCUCUUCCUCUCCUGUGACUGUUUAGACCUGGACCAGCAGAGUGUGCACAGUGACCCAGAGGAGGCCUUCCUAAGGGACCUGCCUGAAUUCCCCUCAGUUGACGAGUUCCCCUCCAUCGAGCACAGCCUCCUCCACUUCCCGUUACGGGGCCCCAGUCAGGGCCAAGGGCACGGGGCUGCGGCUGGGGGAGGAGAGCCCUCGAAGGGGGAGCCCAUGAGCCCGGCCAGCCUCCUCAUCCAGCACCUGGCCUCCCCGCUCCACUUUGUCAACACACACUUCAACGGACAUAGACGGCCGCCAGGUGGGGACCAGGGACCACUGCUGGGGGCUGGGAGAGUGGAGGAGGUGGUGGAUGGGGGGGAAAGGGAGUCCCAGGCCCCGAGGCAGUCACUGGAAGCCCUGAGUGAGGAGAUCGUGAACACGGCAAUCUCCACCGUGGUGCAGAACACUCUGUCGGCCCUGCUGCGCUCCACUGAGGCCAGCAAGGGCCCCUCCAUUGCAGAUUUCCUGCCCACCGACACGCCCCCCAGCGCCCUGGAAAGCCCCCCCGCCCCUGUCGCCGAGGCAGAAAAGGACCAGGAUGCGGUCACUGCGGAGACCGAGGAGAGGAGUGCCGAGGAGAUGCCGGACGACACGUUUGUACCGACCGAGGAAGAGGACUUUGAGAUUUUGGACCAAAGUGAACUGGAGCAGAUGGACGAGGACCUGCUGGGUCUUCUCAGUCCUGAUGGACAGGGGGUAGUGGGAGUGGCCUCUCCCACAGACACACACCCAUCUCCAACGCACCAACCGGAGUCCUUCUAGCAUCCUCAUCACCGCUCAUUCCCAACUGUUUUGUUUUAUGUAGAUAUACAUUAUACAGAUAUAUACAGUACCAGUCAAAAGUUUGGACACGCCUACUCAUUCAAGGGGUUUUCUUUAUUUGUACU